AUGUGUUUCCACUUGAUUUAUAAAAAUCCCACUUUUUGAGAAUAGACAGUUACAACGCGAGUUUUCGAAGUCAGAUUUUAUUUCCUCGGCGGCAAAGAUUAUUACGAGCGGAAUCGAGAUGGAUCGGAGUUUCAAGAAUAAUGCGGACUUCAAGAUGAACCAACAGAACUUCAAGCUGAGCGACUUCGGGAUCGACGUCAAGUCCGGUCAUGAGUCGAAGACCGCCGGUCAGAACAAUCACUGCAAGGCUCGGCGAAGCGCUCAGGUCAGCCAGCGGUAUGUUCAGGUGGAGAACGCGGCGCACGUGCGGCAGGUUUCGAUGAGUCCGGGACUCGCGAGCGGCACGAAUCUGCUGCAGGUCCCGUACAAUCAUCGUCAUCAUUCUCGCGCCGGUCCGCUGGUGACGUCCGGCGGCAGUCAGCACAGGAAUCCCAACCCGAGUCAACUUGGACAGUUGCAGAACGCCGCGGUGGCGGACCGAUUUCGGACGUCCAGCCCGUGCAACCUGUCCGGAACCGGUUCGAUUGUGCAGCUCAAUUCGUCGCCCAGUUAUUGGAAACAGUACGGCGGGCAGGAGAGCGGGGUAAAUAUUACGAGAGGAUUCGAAAAGGAGCGUACGCGCCGUGAUGGAGCGAGAACACCGUGGGAAUGCGAGAAGCGCUCUCGUGCGCCUUUGAACAGAGCCAGGAACAAUGCGAACGUCGCACCGAGAGAUUUUGCCGUCCGAUUAUCUUGCUCGGUUUAUUAG